AUGGCUAAACAAAAUGCCAGACAGUGGCAUGAAACUUUAGCACAGGCAUUAUGGGCACACAGAACAAGUCCUCGUUCAGCUAUCAGCAACGAACUAGGCAAAGAUGAUUAUACUAAGGCCAUGAUGCAAAAUUUAUUAGAGUUAGACGAAAUCAGGUUAGAUGCAUUAAAUAGGAUUGAAGUGCAAAAGACUAAAAUAGCCAAGUCUUACAAUAAGAGAGUGGUAGUGAAAUCCUUUGAACCAGGAGAAUUAGUAUGGAAAGCCCGGUUACCCCUUGAUUUCAAAGACCCAAAAUAUGAGAAAUGGUCACCCAAUUGGGAAGGACCAUACCAGGUGGAAUCUGCUAAACGACCAACCAAGCAACCCCUUCCACAAAUCGUGGCCUAUGCAGAUCAGUUAGCAAAGAAACUUACAGAAUAUCAUCAGUAA